AUGUCAGAGAAGCGGAACUCUCGGUUCGCCUCAGAGUCUGGCCUCCUGACGCCGCCAGUGGGCGGGGCCCCCGGGGCCGUCGCCUCUCCGAUCAUGUAUCCGCCGCCGCCGCAUCGGGACUUCAUCUCGGUGACGCUGAGCCUUGGCGAGACCUACGACAACAGCAAAGGCGGGCGGCGGCGUUCUUGUUGGCGGAAAUGGAAGCAGCUGUCGCGCCUGCAGCGGAGCGCCCUCCUCUUGCUGUCUGCCUUCCUGCUCAUCGGUGGGCUCCUGUCCUACGCGAACUCGGCUGAUCGCUGGAAAGCCCUAAAUGACAGGUCAUCAGAAAAGCAGAUGACAGCAGGCUUCCCUGGACUGCAGCCAGCACACCCCCCCGUCUUAGCGGCUCCUCAGACAGCAGGUGCCAUGCGCGACUCACUGGAGAUUCCGCCUCAGAAGCCACUAAAGCAUUUCCGUCGGGGACCACCCAGCCUGCAGAUCAGAGCCCCUGAUAAAGCUGUGAAGGAUGGGAUCCAGGACAGCGCGGAGCACAAGAGAAGGGAGCCGGGUGACAUGCACAAGGAGGCAAACCUGCAGAGAACGGCCAUCAGCUGGAGAGGAUCUGUGAUUGAGCCUGAGCAGGGGACUGAGCCCCCGUCCAGGAGAACUGCUGUCCCCACCAAGCAGCCAGCCCCAGAAGCCAGGACUCAGAAAGCGCCAGCAGCCCCAAACACACGCCAGAAGGCUGUGGUGGAUGCCUUCCGCCAUGCGUGGAAGGGCUACCGAAAAUACGCGUGGGGCCAUGACGAGCUGAGGCCCCUAGCCAGGUCCUUCAGCGAGUGGUUCGGCCUUGGCCUCACCCUGGUCGAUGCCCUGGACACCAUGUGGAUCCUGGGCCUGACAAAAGAGUUUGAAGAAGCCAGGACGUGGGUGUCCCAAAAGUUACAGUUCCAGAAGGACGUGGACGUCAACCUGUUUGAGAGCACAAUCCGGAUCCUGGGGGGGCUGCUGAGCACGUACCACCUGACAGGGGACAGCCUCUUCCUGGAGAAAGCUAAAGAUUUUGGAAAUCGGCUGAUGCCUGCCUUCAGGACCCCCUCCAAGAUUCCGUUCUCUGACGUGAAUAUCGGCACUGGCAACGCCCACCCUCCCCGAUGGACCUCUGACAGCACGGUGGCUGAGGUGACCAGCAUUCAGCUGGAGUUCCGGGAGCUCUCUCGUCUCACUGGAGAUGGGAAGUUCCAGGAGGCCGUGGAAGAGGUGACGCGGCGUGUCCACUCCCUGUCUGGGAAGAAGGACGGACUGGUGCCCAUGUUCAUCAACACCCACAGCGGCCACUUCACGCACCGGGGCGUGUUCACGCUGGGCGCCAGGGCGGACAGCUACUACGAAUACCUGCUGAAGCAGUGGAUCCAGGGCGGGAAGAAGGAGACACGGCUGCUGGAGGACUAUGUGGAGGCCAUCGAGGGUGUGAAGAGGCACCUGCUGAGGCGUUCGGAACCCAGCAAGCUCACUUUUGUUGGGGAGCUGGCCCACGGCCGCUUUAGUGCUAAGAUGGACCACCUGGUAUGCUUCCUGCCAGGGACACUGGCUCUGGGGGCCCACCAUGGGCUACCAGCUGAGCACAUGGACCUGGCCAAGGCACUGAUGGAAACCUGCUACCAGAUGAACCGCCAGAUGGAGACGGGGCUCAGCCCGGAGAUUGCCCACUUCAACAUGGUCCCCCAGGAGGGCCACAAGGACGUGGAGGUCAAGCCGGCGGACAGGCACAACCUGCUGCGGCCAGAGACAGUGGAGAGUCUGUUCUACCUGUACCGCUGCACGGGGGACAGCAAGUACCAGGACUGGGGCUGGGAGCUCCUGCAGAGCUUCAACGCCUACACACGGGUCCCCACAGGUGGCUACUCCUCCAUCAACAACGUCCAGGAUUCCCAGAAGCCAGACCCAAGGGACAAAAUGGAGAGCUUCUUUCUGGGAGAAACGCUCAAGUACCUGUUCCUUCUCUUCUCCGAUGACACAGACCUGCUCAGCCUGGACACCUAUGUGUUCAACACUGAGGCCCACCCCCUGCCCAUCUGGACUCCCACUUAGGG